AUGAGCUCCAAUAAUAGCGAAAAUGAUGAUUUAAAGGAAAUAUGGUCGUUAUUCCAGGAUAGUCCAGAAGAAAUCCAACAAAAGCGUCAACAGAUAACGAAAGCAAUUAAUUCCAACAAUAAAUCAUUCCCAAGUCAAAUUUCAAUCGUUACAGCUUUUGACGAGUUAUUACUGUGUUUUGCUUUAGGUGGACAGGUUAAAAACUAUUACAGAUAUGGUUCGUAUUCAACAUGCGCAGAACAAAGAGAAAAAAUCUGGUUUGCUUUGAAGAACGGGACAUUCUCAAGUAAUCUAAACGAGGAAAUUGACUACGAUAUUAGUCCCAAGGAACUUGAAAAAAGACAAAAUGUACAAGCAUUUUUCAAAAAAAGAUUAUUGGAAGAGAAGGCCCAGGGAAGUUCAGAAGACAUAUGGGAUGCGAGAGAAAAACCUCUAAAUCAACCAUUUAAGGAAUAUAAAUAA